AUGGUGAAGGAGGGCCAGAAACAGAAGGAGGAGUUUGGGUUUCAGCUUAAGCUCUGGCCGCGCCAUUUCCGCGGAUCAGUCUGCGUUGAGCGUGCGUCGGCAUUGGCAGCAAAAGGAAAACCUCUUAGCCUCCUCCUCACCCUCCUGCACCGCGUCACGUCACAGUGUGCUCGGCCACCCCCUCCCGCUGCAGACUUUGGUCGAUAUAGUUUUUCGCUGGCCCAACCGAAGCCAACGUUCAGCAGCGAAUUGGCGCCACCGACGAAUCUCGAGCCCUACACCAUGGCUGUCAUAACGGAUCAUGACAGCGGUAGCAGCAGCACAACCACCGGCACCUCCACCAACUCCACACCCACCAUCACCACCCACAACAACAACAACAGCAGCAGCAGCAGCAGCAGCAGCAGCCUCAGCAAUGGGAAACCACACAGCAGUCGUGGGCAGCCGAGCAGCCAGCGCCAACAGCUGACCACGGCCCUGACCAUUCCAGAGUUUUUCGCGCAUAAAAACAUCUUCGUGACGGGCGGCACGGGCUUCCUGGGCACGGUGCUGAUUGAGGCACUGCUGGACACACAUCCCGACAUCGGCACCAUCUACGUCCUCGUCCGGGGUAAGAAGAAGUUCGAUCCCAAGGAGCGGAUCAAUCGCCUGCUACAGAAGCCGAUAUUCGAGAAGUACGCGGAGAAGACCCUGGCCAAGGUGGUGCCUGUCGUGGGAGAGCUGAGCGAGCCGAACUUCGGCUUCGGCCCGGAGCUGCUCCAGGAGCUGAUCGAUCGCGUGCACGUGAUCUACCACAGUGCGGCAACGAUCAAGUUCAGCUCUCCGCUGCGCACCGCCAUCCGCACCAAUCUGACGGGGACGAUGCGGACCAUCGAGCUGGCCAAGCAGCUGAAGCAUCUGUCCGCGUACAUCUACUGCUCGACGGCCUUCUGCAACAGCAACAAUCGGGGCCUGAUCGCCGAGGAGGUGUACAAGUCACAGUUCGAUCCGUAUGACAUGAUGAAAAUGGCCGAGGACGACGAGGCCUGGGUGGACUUCAACGAGCAAAAGUGCAAGGGCUACAUCCAGGAUCAUCCCAACACGUACACAUUCACCAAGAACCUGUCCGAGAAUCUGCUGAUGGCGGAGAUGUCAGGACUGCCGGCGGCCAUAGUCAGGCCAUCGAUUGUGUAUGGCACCUUGGAGCAUCCGAUGAAGGGCUGGGUGGGCAAUGCCAACUCGGGACAUUUGGGCUUCCUCGCGGGCUUCGUGAAGGGCAUCUUCCGGACCAUGUGCGGCCAGGCCUCGGCCGUGAUUGACAUCAUUCCGUGCGACUAUGUGAUCAACUCAUCCCUGGUCAUGGGCUGGUACGUGGGCACCCGACAGCUGCAGCAGCCAGAGAUCAUCCACUGCACCUCGGGCGAGGUGAAUCCGCUGACGUUGGCCGAGUUCUGCACCAUCAUCAACGACAGCGUGGAGCGGCAUCCGCCCAACAGUUUCGUGUGGAAGCCACUGACCAAGCUGCGCAACGGCUGGCGCUACAAUCUCUUCUUCUAUCUGUUCCAUCUGCUGCCCGCCCUGGUCUUUAUCAUUCCGGAGAAGCUCUUUGGCAUCGGCAUGCCGCAGCACACUGCCUACGAGUACAUGCGCGUCUUCCAGAAGGGCACCAAGGCCUUUGACUACUUCCUGGACAAGGAUUUCCGGUACUCCCUGAAGAAUGCCCUGCGCAUCUCGGCCAUCAUCCCGGAGAGCGAUCGGCGGCGCUACAACUUCGAUGCCAGCCAGUGCGAUUGGUCGGAGUUCAUCGAUCGCUGCCUCAUCGGCAUUCGGCGGUUCUACUUCAAGGAGUCGGCGGUUACCACAGAAUGGCACCGCAACUACUGGAAGGUCUUCAAUUUCCUCUACUAUGCGGGCUAUGCUGUCAUCUUUGCCGUCCUGUACAUUGCCCUCGUCCCCUUCCUGGGCAUGCAGAUCGGCCUCACGCUGGCCGUGCUCAUCUGGGGCUUCCUCGUCUGGCUGUAGUGGACCACCGCACACUCCUGAUCCCGAUCCAGAUCCAGAUCCAGAUCCAGACCCCCGCGGACAGUGCAAUAGUCCUUCUUCUCCAUUUUCACUCUUUCUCCUGCUCGUUUCCAUCGUAGCUUGUCUUUGUAGGGUAUCCAUGUAUUUUACUUUUAAGUCGUCCCUUCGCUGAACACAAUCUAGUACAAGUCAAUCUUUGUCGGACCGAUCCCCGGAUCGAACAUCAGAUGGCAAAAAAAACUGUUUCACACGAAGAACAAAACAAAACGAAAGAAUCUAUUCACACAGCAAUGCAAAAUGUAGCCCAAAACUUAGUCACAUUAAUAAUGUAAACCUAAACAACUAUGUAAAAGUAAAACAAAAACCAACAACUAAAGUGAAAAUAUAGUGAAAACGAUUGCAGAUUGUUUGUUGUAAUUAUCAUCCGGUAUAUAGUCAAAUAGUCGCAGAGUGCGAGAACUCAACUUUAAACAAAUAAAUGUGUAAACGAUUAUGCAAAUAAA